AUGUACAUGAGGCCACCCUUCCCGCCAGAAUUCUCCAAUCGUCGGGAGACCGAAGCGUACCUAUUGAAAAUGCUGCAGGGUUCACUGCAGACGUGCGACUUCCUCAGAAGCGUUGUGGAUGAACAAGAUUCCAGACAUGUUGCCGUCACCAGAAGCCUGGAGGAUGAGGUCCGCUUGCUAACACUAGAAAAUAGAGAGCUGAAGCAGGGGGUUACCGCCAAAUGCUUGGAACAAAAGAUCUGCCUAUUAGAGGUAGAGAAUGAUAAACUGCGAGGCAGCCUCGCCCACCGGGAGCUAGAGGAUGGGAGGCUGAGGGGAAGAGGAGUCAGAGAAAACCAUUCCAUAUAA